AUGACGGAUGACAAAGUUGAAUCCUUUGCUGACGCCGCCAAACAACAAACCCCUCUCCAUCCGGUUUACACCGUUACUGAUAUCCAGAAAAAAUGGAAGAAAAUCGAUGCCAUUGUCCUUCAGUGGAUUUAUAGCACGUUAUCUUAUGAAUAUCUUCUGCGGGUUCUCGAAUCCGACUCUACGGCACUUCAAGCUUGGAACAGGUUAAAAGCUAUCUUCUAUAACAACAAGGGCCCGCGAUGCACCGCCUUACAAACCAAGUUUGUCAAUCUUAAACUCAGUGCUUGUGCUUCUCUGGAGGCAUAUUGUCAGACUCUUCGUGACUUGGCUGCUCAGCUGGAUGAUGUUGGCAGUCCUGUCAAUGAACAGUUGUUGGUUUUGCAGCUUGUGUGA